GCAGUUAUAGUUUUGUGAGAGAGCACACGAAUAUCAAACGCGCACCAGCCAAACAUCCAACUCAGAAAAACACACAAUAUUUUUUAUUUCUUCUUCUCCAUAGCGCAAAGAAUUUUUACAGCAUUUAAUAACAACUCGAACGAAACGAUCAAACAUUAUUUUUCCAACAUCAGUUGUGAUUUGUCGGCAUCUACACUUUGAGAUCAACGCACAAUCAACAAUUUAUUCAUAGAAAAAUUUUGUUUUUCUUUCUGCCACCGAGAAACGCGCAAAUUUAUUGAAAAAUAAUCUGAUCACAGAUUCAAUUCAACAUUCAUUGACGAAUUUCGAUCAGUUUUCUGAAAAAUCAAAGAAAAUAAUUCUAUUUUGAACAAACACUCAGCCUAGUGAUUUUGGGUUCUUAGCAAAGCGGAAAAUUAGUGCAAUUUACCAAAAUUUUGAUCAAAUAACCGUUAGCUAAUUCGAAUGGAAAGUUUUAAUAAAACGCAUAUAAAAUCCACAUCACGUGAUUCACGGCGAAUGAUUACUCAUCUAUGGACGAUUCAACUAUGAACACAACAAGAUAAAAAUCCAGUAGAAAAAAAAAACUCCACUUGCGAUUAGAAACUGUUAAUUCACUGAGAAAAAGAAUACAAGCGAGCUAAAAAAGAGAAUUUUUUUUUGAAAAAUUUCAUGUGAGUGCAAUAAGUUUGACAAAAAAGACGCUAAAAAUCAUCUGAGUUCCUAUCAAAAUAGUUAACUCAGUGCGAAAACAAGCAAAAAAAGUAUUUCAAAACAAAAACACGUCAUCAAAUUGAAUAAAAUUCAGACACUCCUAUUGCAUAUGGCUCACCAUUGAACUAUUUUUGCAGCGUAAUUGAAAACCAACAAACUGGCGAUUUGAAAUUAAUCGAGAACCGAUUCAAACAAAAGAAUAUUAAAGUAAAAGCAAAAGAAGCAAAGAAAUUAUCCGCGCUGGAACGAAGGAAAUCAUUAAAACAAAGCAAAAUGGUUGACACACAGCAUUUUUGCCUACGAUGGAAUAACUACCAGAGUAGUAUUACAUCGGCAUUUGAGAAUUUGCGCGACGACGAAGAUUUCGUCGAUGUCACAUUGGCCUGUGAUGGCAGAAGUUUGAAGGCACAUCGUGUCGUCCUAUCGGCAUGCAGCCCAUACUUCCGUGAAUUGCUUAAGAGCACACCAUGUAAACACCCAGUGAUUGUGUUACAAGAUGUCGCAUUCAACGAUUUGCAUGCUUUGGUCGAAUUCAUCUAUCACGGCGAAGUAAAUGUACAUCAACGCUCGCUCAGCUCAUUUCUAAAAACAGCCGAGGUACUUAGAGUGUCUGGAUUAACACAACAACAGGCUGAAGAAACACACAACCUAGCACAAAUUCAAAGCCUUGGCAAUUCUGGCGGCCGCACACCCAUCAGCCAUCAUCCAAGCUUUACAGAUAAAUUGGAAGAAACUCUAUUCCCACAAGGAAUUUCUCCGCCACCGCAUUUAAACAACUUACACUCGUCAAAUCCCCAUUCAAAUGCAACAGUCAAUCAGCUAUUGCGACAUGCAGCAGAACGUGCAGCCGUACAACGUCGUGAACGUUCAAACAAAGCCGGUCAAGAUGAGCAUUCAUUUAAACGUCAACGGUCCGACAAUGGCAAUAACAACAGUCCAGAUGUCAUUAGUCAUAUGCCACAAGUCACCCCUGCCGAUUUCUCUACAAUUAAACACAACAACAACAAUACGCCGCCGAUGAAAGAUGCUGAAUGCGCCGAAGACUACUCAUCAAAUAAUCCGAAUAACAUGAGCAACAACAAUACAUCAAAUGGCAAUGGAUUAUCCUCAUCGUCAACUGAUAAAGAGAGUCUUACACCGUCACCGCCAAACCGCCUCAACGAUAAUGUUAAAUCCGAACCCAUGGAUCUCGUCGGCAUCAACCACAAUUUGCCAUCCGAUGAACAAAGCAACGAUUCAGUCGGUGACAACGAUGUUAAAUACUUGGGCGGCAACGACGGCAAAGGAUCACUCAGCUCAAAUAAUGAUGACGAUAUUGAUAACAUACAUUCACACACUGGACCGCCGUUUCUAAUGGGAGCUGAAAAUAAACUCUUCUCAUCACCGGGCUCAUUCAGUUUCUCAAUGGCUGCACUAACUGAUCCUGCAACACUUGUUGGAUUGAAUCACUUGCAAUCAGCCGCUGAUCAACUAGCUGGAUCUCCACAAGGUGGCGCCGUCGUCAGUCCAUCAUCAAUCGUCAAUUGUAAUAAUGGUGGUGGUGUUUUAUCAGGAAAUAAUGCCGGCACCGGACGCUUAUCGCUUCCAUUGCCAUUAACUGCUUGCCAUCGAUGCGAUGUAUGCGGCAAACUCCUAAGCACCAAAUUAACAUUGAAACGUCACAAGGAACAACAGCAUCUUCAGCCAUUAAAUAAUGCCGUUUGUAAUCUCUGUCAUAAAGUGUUUCGCACAUUAAAUAGUUUGAAUAAUCAUAAAAGCAUUUAUCAUCGCCGUCAAAAGCAACAUCAUUCGCAUCAUGCACAUGGUGGCGGUGGCCAUAGUCAUAGCCGUCAUUCGCCACCGACCCAAUCACAUGCAGAUCCACAUCGGCAGCAUCAACAACAGCCACAGCACCAUUCGAAUAUUAUUCAUAGUUUGCCCAAUAGCCAGUCACAAACCGAUUUAUCGAAACCGUGCAUUGAUUUCUUAUGAAUGCACCUCAGGUGAAUGUGUCAUGAUGCGAUUGAUAGUACGAUUACGACGACGACACAUGAUUUUUCACAUUUUUGUUAGGUUGCUUCUCGCUUCCCCGACCUCCUCUUUUAAAAAAAAAUAACAACAACCACAUACAUACACACACAUCAAAUGAAAUAUGACAUGUUCCGAUAUAUGCGCUGCGCGACACCGCAGGCAGUGUUUUUUUUUCCUAUUUCAUACUCCGUCUCUCAAAUGCAAUUUAAUUAAAUGUACUUAGAUGCCAGCGCACAUUUAAUGUGCGGUUAUAACCAAAAACAUUUUUUUUUUCAAACGCCUCGAAAUUAUUUACAUACAUAAAAAAACACUCACAUAUUUGGCUCAAAGCGCAUAUGAAACAAAAACGAUUCACAGUCACGCCUUCCCCCCUCACAUUGAAAUUAUUUAUAUAGUUUACGAAUCAAGUGAUUUUAUACAAGAAUUUGUCAUCAUCCAUGUGCAAUCUUUUACUUCUUUUUUGUUACACAAUCUAUCUAAUUAUUAUCCAUUUUUUUUAAAUUAUGAAGCCUUUUUCGUCAUUAAUUAUUUUUUUUAGAACAACACAUCUAUUAUCCUAUUUAUUACUAUUUAAAAGUAAACGAAAAAAAAUGAAACGAAAUGAAAUUUCGAUUGAUGAAUAAAUAAGAUCGAACCCUUAUCGAUCGAAUCAAUGCCAAUAUUCAUAGUCAAGAGAUCACAAAAAAUUUCUUGUGCGAAAUUAUUUCCACAUCAUUGACAUCAAAAUCCAUCCCCUUUGUUCGUUUCAAAACUCAUAUAUUCACUUGCACAUCAUACCAUCUAUAUGUGUUUUGUGUCAUUUUGAAUCGACUGACAAAGAGAUAUAAAAAAACUAUUGAGAUACAGCAACAACAACCAGAUAAUGAAUGCCAAAAAAAAACAACUAAAAGGGAUAUAUAGAAAUUGAAUGGAAAAUACCCUAUAGAAUUAUGUGUAAAUAUGAAAACAGUUUUUAAGAUGAAAAAGAUGAAGAAAAAAACACAUACAGAAUAAAAACAAUAACAAUUCCUCGAAGCUAAAGAAAGGAACAGUAUAUCUGUGCUAAAUGGGUCACACAUAAAAUAACCACUUGCCGUUUGUAUUGUGUACUUUUAUCAGAAAAACAUGGAAAAAAAUGGAAAAAUACCACAUUAGCUAAAUUUCAUUUUAUUUUAGGAUUAAGCGAAACGUGAAAAAGCAUUUACAUUUAAAAGAAAAAAAUGGAAUAUUACUAAUUAAAAGUAUAUGUUUAAAGAAAUCUAUGGAGAAAAUACAGAAAUAGCUAUUAAGAAGCAACACGUGAAGUGUGAAUAAUAACGCGAAACAAACAAAAAUGAAACCAUUUGGAAAUUUAAAAUCACAUGUUCGCCAAAAAGUUUAGUUUGCAAUCGGUUCAUUCAGUGAGAGUUUUGAACAUUUCGAGUGUUGAAUUUGACUUAUUAUCAAAUUGAACACUUUUUUUCUGCGGCAAAUUUUCACAUUUUUCAUUCUACCGCUGAAAUCGCGCGAAAUAAAAAAAAUACGCAAUCAUUUAUUACAUUUGUUUCAUUGAGAGGUAUUUACCGCGUUUUAAAUUGAAAUGCAUUUUAAUGAAAUCGAUGGCCAUUUGUGUUUCAUGUCAAAAUGUGCAAAUUCACGGCAGAAAAAGAAAAAUAACGAAACCGAUGACCUCACUUACUGUAAAUAGAAGAAUCAAUUUUGUGUAAAUGGACAAAAAAUUAAACGAAUGAUAUUAUCAAGGCACGUUUAGUCGGGCGAUGACGAACAGAUCAAAUUAGUUGAUCAAUUUAGGCAUAUAGGGAAAAGAGAGUUUUAUACACAACUUUUUUUAAACGUUGAAAAUGUUUUUGAUUCAAUUUUUUUUCGGUUUUUUUUUUUUUAAAUGCAAUUUAUGCAAUUUUUCCAAUUGGAUUUAGGAUCGGAGAUAAUAAUGAUAUAGAUAGAAGAUGACGAAAGAAAAACCAGUACCAAAAGCAAAAUUUACACCGCCUGAGUAUGAUAUAUAGUAUAGUUUGGCAACGAAAACCAAAAUUGAUAUGAUAAUAAUAUGUUUAGGCAAAUUCAAAAUUCUUCCAGAACCUUUUUUUUAAUUUGGUCUCCAAAAAACGAGCGGUAUUUCGAAAACAUGACUGAUAGACGUAUAGAAUAGAUCGAAGACGAUAAUUAGAGUUCACACAAAACACAUACACACAGCAUAGUAAGCAAAUUCAUUUGAACACAAGUUUUAUUAUUCAAAAAGAAAAUCACCCCCUUCCCCAAAAUCUCCUUACGUUUAAGCGACAAUAUUUUUUUUUUAAUAUUGAAAUUCAUAAUCCACCAAGAUUCAUUAUUCGACGCAUUAAUAAAAACAAAAACUCUAUUUUCGUAUCAAAAUUUAGUAAUCGUCACCGGUAUGGCAUGGAUUUUAUUUAGAAAUCAAAAUAUGUGAUGUUUUAAUUUUAACUUUAGCUAUGUUAGACAUUUGAAAAUCCAAUUCGGUAGUAUAACGAUCGAAGUAGAGUGUAUGAAUAUGCGAGAAAUGCGAAAGAGAAAUAUAACGAAUCGAUUACUUCUAAAUAUAAAAUAUUUUUUUUAAAAUAGAAAUUGCUUCUAUUUUAUUUGCGUUUCUCGAAAAAUUUGUGAUUGUCAGCAAGACUGAAUUUUUUUUUUACCUAAAGCGAAGAAGAGGGAAAAUUUACUUUUUCGCGAAAUUUCGUUGAAUGUUUGUUUUUCGUUUUGCUUUUUGGUGCUGACCAAAUCUAUAUUGAAAGAAGCAAUUGACUCGCACACUAUGAAUUCGAAGGUUUUUUUUGGUCAUGGUAUAUGUGCGGCGAUAUUUGACGAAGAAAGCUCUCACUAUAAACAUACGUAGUGGAAAGAACGUUUGAAAUUGAUUGCAAAAGCGCAUGAAAAGCGAUGGAACAAUGUCUGAAUCGAUGGUGUUCAGACGCGAAACGAAUUGAACAAUUUUCGAGAUAAUAAGAAUACUUUCAAUCAUUUUUUUUUACAUACACUUACUUAAACACACACCAAUUGGCCUCUCAAAAACGAAGUCUGACAUUCAUUUGAUACCAAAUUUAAAAUUUAUACACGAUUUACAAUGAAAAGAAUAUUUAAAAAGAAAAAAAGAAAUUUACGUAUAUGAAUUAAGAACAAUUUUUCGACAUGGUUUUGGACGGCGCGAAGAAAAUCGAAGUGUAGAAAAUAAGGCGAUCAACUACAAAAAAUUAUUAUACUAAAAAUUCGAAUCAACAAUUCAAAAUUGUUUGUUUCACGUUUUAUUUUUGAAUAUGAAUUUACUAAGAUGAAGAUGAAAAUUAAUUGAAAAACAAUUGGCAAUGCCAGGUAAAAAAUUAAUCUAAUAUAUUAUAUACAAAUACACAUUUUAUACGAAGAAGAUGAAAAAAAAAACUUUAUUAUUAUUUUUUUUGCCCCCUUUCCCCCAACUAAUUUAUUGUAAAAUAUAUUUUAUUUUUUAUGGAGUAAAGAUAACACCUUAAAGCCCCAUAGUCGAAUAUGAUAUAGAACUUUUUUUUUUGAAUUUAUUUUUUUUUCUCUUUUUUUGCUUUAAUUGAAUUUGA